GCCUCCCUCCAGUCGUCUUCCGCGAGAGGCGUGGCUGGGUGGAGGGCCCGAGCGGAUCAGCUGGCCUCGCUUCUCAGCUACGCCGCGUCCACCCCGCCUCCCUACUGGCCCCGGACUGGGGCUGGGGUCCUCUCUGCAUGGAGGAUGGGGGAGACUGCUCCCAGAGCCGAGCCCCGGCCCGCAAAGGACCGGGAGAGGGAGGAGGCGGGGACCUCGGCUCGGCCUUGUCACCGGCUCAGCAGAUUCUUGCUUUACCUCUACCUGGUGGGCUUCCUGGAUUUUUUUGGUGUAAGCAUGGUAGUUCCUUUAUUAAGUGUUCAUAUCAAAUCCCUCGGAGCAAGCCCAACUACCGCAGGAGUAGUAGGAUCCCUCUAUGGUGUUCUACAGCUCUUUUCUAGCACAGUAGUGGGCUGCUGGAGUGAUGUAGUAGGAAGACAGUAUUCUCUGCUUGUGUGUAUUCUGCUCAGUGCUCUAGGUUACCUCCUCCUGGGCAUAUCCACCAGCCUCCUCUUAGUUGCCAUUGCUAGAAUCCCUGUUGGUAUAUUCAAGCACACGCUCUCAAUCUCAAGAGCUCUUCUUUCGGAUCUGGUUUUAGAGAGAGAGCGCCCACUGGUAAUAGGGAAAUUUAAUACAGCAUCGAAUGUGGGUUUUAUCUUGGGUCCUAUGGUCGGUGGAUAUCUUACUGAGUUAGAAGGUGGAUUUUAUAUAACAUCCUUCAUCUGUUCCUCUAUCUUCAUUCUGAAUGCUGGUCUUGUCUGGAUAUUUCCAUGGAAUGAUACAAAACUGAGCAGGAUGAAGAAGAGCCAGCAAACUAGCAACAGAUUUCCUUCAGACCUCCUGAAAAAUGCAAAAAACAAGGUGCCAGUGACUCCAGCAACUAAUGGUCCCAUCACGCCUCAGGCAGUGACUUGGCAGCUGUGGGUGCAGAGUGUGUCUGUGCUAAGAGAGAUCAAGAACGUGAUAUUCUCUGAAAUGUGGGACAUCUUUUCAGUGCGCUUCCUGAUGGCUCUGGCUGUCAUGCUGUACCACAGUAACUUUGUUCUGGCGAUCGAGGAGCGCUUUGGGAUGAAACCCAGGCUGACUGGGUAUGUUAUCAGCUAUAGCAGUGCCCUGGGAGCGUUGGCAGGUUUUGUCCUAGGACCAAUAAUGAAACUCUAUAAACACAACACCUACGCCAUUCUGUUGCACUCGAAUGUCCUCACCUGUGUCUUGUUGCUACUUUACUCUACAACACUCAGUAUAUGGGUGGUCAUUUUCUGCUCCACUUUUUUAUCCUUUUCUACUGCUAUAGGCAGGAUUUGUAUCACAGAUCUUCAGCUAACUGUAGGCGGAACUCAGGCUAGUGGAACUCUUAUAGGCCUGGGGCAGUCUGUGACAGCUGUGGGUCGUAUCAUCGCCCCUCUCCUCUCAGGAGUGGUCCAAGAGUUCAGUCCCUGUGGCCCCCCAAGUCUGGGAGCAGCACUAGCUGUAGUGGCAAUCCUCAUAAUGGUUUUAAACAAGCCUCGUUACAGUAAUGAUCCAAGUGCUAAGCUGAAAAGCCAAUAGGACUAUUUCCAUGAACAGAAAUGAAGUAAGUGGUGAAUGAGCCAGGGGCAAAUGCAAUAAUGAUUAAAGGCACUUUAUGGUAUAUCAUAGAAGAAUAACAUGCCUUUGAAGAAAAAUAUGGUAUAAAGAUAAGGGAAGAGGAUCUUCAGGUGUAUCAGAAGCCUUACUGUUGGGUUCCUGAUGAAACCCCUGGGUUUCUACAGACAAAACUGCUCCAAAAUAAGAAGUCAAAACAGGAAUGGUGAUACUCAUGAUUCAGAAAAAACAUUCACCAGAAGGAGGAUAGGUGUGAAAUGUGUACCAAGAAGUUUUAUCUGCUGGUAAUGCUAAUGGGAUUAAUAUUUUCAAAGGAAAUAAGAUAGCAGCUGUUGAGCUUGGGAGGAUUUUGGUAGAAUACAUACAAGCAGUCUCUUUGUGGAUUGCCAAAGCAGAAAACUCAGAAAAAUGGAAGUAGCUACUCAGAUUUGCCCACUAAAUGAAAAAAAAAAUGCACUUUAAGAAAAAACAUCCAAAAAUGGAUGGGUAGCUAUGAUUUCCUUUUAUCAGUGGGGUAUUUAUACAGGUUGUCCCCUCCCUGGAAAUUUUAUAGAACUUGGAGAGACAUCUUCCAUUAAACCAAUUCGUCAUCUUUUAAAGUAGACUGAUUGACCUUAUCCUUGAUUAAUUUGGGAGAUUGUUUUAAAAUUGUGUUUGCCCUAAAUGGUAUUUAGAGUUUUAUAAGCUCCUACUGUUCAACUGUGGAGGGUUUUAUAGAUUGUUUGAUCCUGUUCCAUAUGUGUUAGGUUUUAUCUACAUCAUUACUUCCAGAGGGUUCCCUCAGGAUGACUAAGGGUUCAGGUCAGCCAAGGUGAAUCUUACUAGAAAUUCUAUGUUCCUGUGUUGAAACAUUAUUUGGGGAAUAGAACAUUGCCUAAAAUAAGUUAAGUAAGUCUUAUUGAUAACAGAGUAGUGUCAUCAGGUGAGAUGUCCCAUCUGACAUAUGUUAGUGGCCUAAAGGAACCUUAAGAUGGUUUUGAAAACAUGUUACGCAUGAGCAUGUGGGACCAAGAGAGAUUUUCAGUAUUUGUCAAGGGAAAAUAACAUAACCUUUCCUAACCCUAAUGUCUGUAUUGCUAACUUAAUUUACACUUGUUUAUGUACUACUACUUAGGAGCCAAGGAGUGAGCUGAAUACUGAGGUAUGCGGAAAGAUUGAUGCAAAUUGUAGCAGGCACUCAUCCACACUUACUAAAAUAUGUGUUCAAAUUCAUGGUUUGCAAAGUUCAAGAGAUACUGUGACCUGGGACAAGCCCUUAACCCCAUUGGUGUCUGACAACUCUCUAAGAUUGUAAAUUAUAAUCAAGGUACCUAUUUUCAUUGGUAGGUGGAGCUUCUCACACUGAUGAAAUCCUAGUAUUUAUACACACAUUUUUUUCUACAAUAGGUACUUCCCAACAAAUAUCUUAACAUACUUCCCCAAAAAGCACAUUUCCCCAAAACAAUUUGUUUCAGUACAGAAUUCCUUUUCAGAAAGGAGACUGAAGUAUUCAUGAUGAAGAUGAAAAGAUAAUAGUUUCUAGUGUGGCAGUUUUUCCAUUUCCUCCUACUGUAAGGAUGCAGUUGACUCAGUCAUUUGUGAUUAAACUGAACAAGUCAACCUGUAAUAAUUAAAUUCCAUAAGUAUUUAUGAAGCACCUUCUGGAUACAUAGACUGUGGCUCUAUGGGAAAGAUAAAGACUGUCUUUUCAGUUACUUUUAGUCUUAUUAGGAGAAGCAAGCACAACAUCAUGGAUUUAGAGCUGGAGAAGACCUCAGGUGUCGGUAGUCCAACCCCAUCAUUUUACAGAUGAGAAAACAGAGGCCCAAUGGGAUUCAGUGUGGUACAGUGCAGAAAAUGCACAGUUUAGAAUCACUGGGCCUAAUUUAAAAUCCCAGCGCUGCCAAUUUGUGCUCUCCAUGACUUAUUCUCUCUGGGUCUCAACCCUUCUCAUCUGUAAAAUGAGGAAACUAGAUAAAAUGUAUCCUUUCCAAUUCUAAGAUCCAUGAGCAAGAGGGCAGUUAACAGUGAAGGUUGGAGAGCUGGGAUGUGUAAUAGAAAGGUUAAGGGGAGGGAGCUAUGUGUGGUUAUCUUCUUUCCCCACACAUAAAAGGGGAUUUCAAAUUGAGGCAUAUUGUUAUACAUAGCAAUUCAUUUUAGCUCUAUCUGAAGUCAGUACCCUAUAAUAUCUGAGGCUGUUACCAUGCAUAAGGUAAAAUUAUAUAAUAAAUAAGUGUCUGAGCAGAGAGAUACAGAGUUUUGAUGUUUUGUUUCUGGAUAAAAAUAGCUAGCAUUUAGAUAGCACUUUAAGGUUUGCAAAGCACUUUCUGUGUUCUCUCACUUCAUCCUCACAUCAAUCCUGUGAGGUAGAUGCUGUUAUUAGACCCAUUUUACAGAUAAGGAAAUAGAUUUAAUGACUUGCCCAGGUUCAUACAGCUUAUUAAAUUCAGCAGGAUUCAAACUCAUGUUUUCCUGGCUCCAAGACUGUUAUUCUUUGUUCUGCAGAUAAAAUGAAAUGUUCUUUCUGUACACCACUGUAAUAUUUUUACUCUUUAAUUAAGAUGGAUUUUACUUGGUUUUAGAUGGAUGUUUUCUUAAGGUGUUUUUUACAAGGUAAUCCGUUAAGGAUUUGGAGGGUUUAUGGUAUAUGUUCUCAGGGAGAUACCAACUGAUGCCACCUACUAUUAAAGUGUUUAUUUGGGGAUUUUUUUUGUCUUGAAUGACUUUUGUAGGUUUUUUUUCCAAAAUAAGUUAAUACUGACAAACAAAA